GACAGCUGGAAAACAUCUAGAACAUCCGAGAAGAAGAUCUGGAGAGAUCUGAGAAGAUCAGACCUGAGAAGUCAGCGCUGCGGAGCUCCUCCCAACAUCGCCCCAAGUCAAGUGCCUCCGAAGCUCGUGCAGCCGCGAGACUCUCCUUCACGGAGUCCUUGGAGCAGCUCGUGGUACCGGCGGCGGCGGCGGCGGCGGCGCGAGGAGCGCGAGGAGCGCGGAUAGCGCUGCUGUGAGGGCUGUCGGGAAGAAGGUGCUGUGAGGAGCCACUGGUGCCGGCACGAUGAGCUGGGGGUCGCUGUACGCCCAGCUGACCGGUGCGAACAAGCACUCCACCAGCCUGGGCAAGAUCUGGCUCUCGGUGCUCUUCAUCUUCCGCAUCACGAUCCUGGUGGUGGCGGCCGAGAGGGUGUGGGGCGACGAGCAGUCCGACUUCACGUGCAACACGCAGCAGCCCGGCUGCAAGAACGUCUGCUACGACCACUUCUUCCCCGUAUCGCACAUCCGCCUGUGGUGCCUGCAGCUCAUCUUCGUGUCCACACCGGCCCUGCUGGUGGCCAUGCACGUGGCGUACCGCCACCACGGCAAAAAGAGGACCAUCCGGCGCGAGAAAGGGGACAAGGCGGAGGAGGAGAUCAAGGUGCUGAAGGAGCAGCGCAUCCACAUCACCGGCCUGCUCUGGUGGACCUACAUCUGCAGCCUCUUCUUCCGGCUGCUCUUCGAGGUCGGCUUCAUGUACGCGCUCUACUUCCUGUACGACGGCUUCCGCAUGCCGCGCCUCGUCAAGUGCGAGCAGUGGCCGUGUCCCAACCAGGUGGACUGCUUCAUCUCGCGCCCCACCGAGAAGACCAUCUUCACGCUCUUCAUGGUGGCCUCCUCGGGCCUCUGCAUCGUGCUCAACGUGGCCGAGCUGCUCUACCUCGUCAUCAAGGAGCUCAUGCGGUGCUCUGGGUGCUCCUCCGGGAGGCGCUCCUACGCCCACUCGGGCUCCAAACCUAGCGACAAGAGCCUCCUGGAAAACCAAAAGAACGAACUUUUGUCCUCCAGCAUGCCUUGACCGGCGAUGGGCUGCAAACAGCUGCAAACAGCUUCGGCAGCUCCACGGCGCCCCCUGGUGACUCUCCCUGGAAGAGACUGGGGUCAAGGAAUGGGCGGGGCUAGUCGAAGGGGGUGGGGAUAAUGUAAGGGUUAGGGCUAAUUGAGGAGGCGGGGCUAAUUAAACACCACCUUUCUACGCUGGAAAAACAAACACUGCGUGCCAUUUGGCCCACAUCCAUUAUGCCUUUGUGUGCUGACUAACGCUACAAACUGGGACUUUGGUCACCGGGCUCCCCGAACGCAGCACUCUUAUCUCGCUUGACGGUCACUCCUCCCGCCAGCGGUCAGCGCUCCACCUUGGAAAUAUUUCAAGUGCACUUACAGGGUUGUCUGGCACAGGGCUGGGAUGUCCUUCCUGAGGUGCCACAGCUCUGUGCUCCUGCGUUUAAGGACCUGGUUAUAAAUCAAGUCCCAACUGGGACCUGCUGUUGUAAUCAUCGGUCUGAGAAAUGCAAAGGUCGCAUCCAUCUGUGAAACACAUGAAGACAAAAUCAGCGUUUGUGAGCAAAGCGGAAGGACUCAUAACCAUCUGAAGAUGGGAGAGAGCAGCUGGGUUCAGGGUUCGAGGUUCAAGAUGUGGACUUGUACCCUGAACCCUGACGGACGGGCCGUCCUGCUCUAACGCUCGACUUCAAACCCCGUUAGUAAAAUGAAAGACUGUGAGUGACUUGAGAUAAGAAACCGAUUCAUUGGGUCGACCACAGGCGACCGCCGGGAGAGGUUUCUAAGGGCCUUUUCCAUGCGGUCGUUUUGCUCUCCCGUUGGCACAGCGUUGCUGGUAUGACGCAAAGCCACGUAACACGUCUCUGACACAGCAGAGUGAGAACAUUGUUGACCACUAAGAUCUUCCGUUCCAUCCGUCCAGAACACCCCCCCCCC